UUUUCUCUUCAAAGAAUUCUUUUGGUUCCAUUGUAAGUGAUUUGUAAGGGACGCUACUCUUGUAAAAGAGGCAAUGAAAAAGAAAUUUGAUUAAAGAAACAUUAGUUUAGAGACUUAAAAUUUACACAUCUGUAAACAGUAAAUAUGUCAUCACCAGAGGUUGAAAAGUUUGAGAUUACAGAUGAUGAUGUGUACAGUUCAUUCAAUAUACGCCAAGGACGCAGACAGACCAAGAAUCAAGCCACUUAUGGAAUGUGGGCAGAUAAUGACAGUGAUGAUGAGAGGCCAGGGUUUGGUGGAGGAAAGAAAAAAUCUGAUUUUACUGCCCCUAUAGGAUUUGUUAGUGGAGGAAUCAAACAGGGAGAUAAAACUUUCAAACAAGGAGAGGAGGAGGAGGAAGAUGAUGAUACACAUGAUGCUGACUUUGAUAUUGGAGAUAUUGCCAGACUUAGUUAUAAAGGAAAGAAGAAGACCAAAGACCAGGGUGGUUACAGGCGUGGUGUGACCAGCACAGCUUACAAUGACAAAGAUAUAGGUAACUGGGAGAAGCAUACCAAAGGGCUUGGAAUGAAACUCAUGCAAAAGAUGGGUUUUGAGGUAGGGAAAGGAUUGGGUAAGAACAAACAAGGUAUAACCACACCAGUGGAGGCAGUAAAGCGUAAAGGUCAGAAGGCAGGUAUAGCAUUUCAUGGCUCAGAGAGGUCAGAUAGGUCACUGGUAGAUUUUCCUGUACAAGACCAGGAUGCCCAGGAGGAGAAGGAAUUUAAAGAACAAUUAUCACAGUGGAGAAAAGAACCUGAGGGUAAAAGGAAAAAGGUGAAGUAUGUAUACAAGACAGCCCAGGAAGCCAUUGAUACUGGUACUGGUAAAAAGAAAGGACUCAAAAGUGAGAUGUCAAAUGUCAAGGUCAUUGAUAUGACAGGCAAGGAGAAGAAAGUUCUCACAGGAUACCAUACAAUAGCAAAUCGUCAUGACCGACCAGAUGAGGAUGAUGAUGUGGUACCAGUGGUACAGGAGAGAUCAUCAGCUACUGUAUUCAGCAUGCCAGAACUUACACAUAAUCUUACCUUACUUGUUGAUAUGUCAGAGGAAGAUAUUGUACAAAAUGAUAGAAAGUUAAAACAUGAUAAAGAUCACAUUGUAAACAUGAAGUAUGAGAAGGAGAGACUGGAUACUGUAUUAGAACAGGAAGAGAAACAGAUAGAGAGACUUGCCAAAGUUCUCGAGAUCAUUGGAACGUGUAAUGAGAGGACAAAUCCUGGUUGUUCAAACCCUGUCACCCUGGAUGAAUGUUUGGCUAUAUUUAAGAUACUACAGAAUGAGUUUUACACAGAAUAUAAGAUGUAUGAGUUGGAGACACUGGCUAUAGCUCUAGUGUUCCCUAUUAUGAGGGAACACUUUAAGAAUUGGAACCCGUUGGUUGACAAGCAGUAUGGACUAUCAGUGAUUAAAGAAUGGCAGUAUAUAUUGGGAGAUCCUAAUCAUGUAUAUAUCAAGGACCAGAAUAAUAUGGAUGUUUAUCAGAGGUUGAUCUGGGAUAUUUGGCUACCUAAUGUCAGAACUGCUAUUCUGAAGUGGAAUUGUCGACAGUGUGAUGGUGUAAUAGAGUUGCUAGAAACAUGGAUGCCUGUGUUACCUACGUGGGUGAUGGAGAAUAUACUAGACCAGCUGGUGUUACCACGAUUAAUGCAGGAAGUAGAGAACUGGAAUCCCCUCACUGACACCAUGCCAAUACAUGCCUGGUUACAUCCAUGGUUACCUCUCAUGAGAGAUAAGUUAGAGCCCCUGUAUGCACCUAUCAGACACAAGCUUGGUAAUGCUUUAACUAACUGGCAUCCUUCAGACAGUUCAGCGAAGGUUAUAUUGAAGCCCUGGCAUGGUGUGUUCAGAGAUGGUCAUAUGGAAGUAUUUCUAAGGAAAAACAUCUUACCUAAACUAGAGAUGUGUCUACAGGAAUUCCCAAUAAACCCUCAUCAACAAACUCUAGAACCAUUACACUGGGUGUUAUCGUGGACAGAGUUGAUAUCACUACGCUACAUGGUUCCCAUGUUUGAGAAAUGUUUCUUCUCUCGCUGGUUACAAGUUCUCUGUACGUGGCUUGGCAAUAUGCCAAAUUAUGAUGAGGUAACCAAGUGGUAUCUAGGCUGGAAAUCUGUGUUCACAGAGCAAUAUCUUACGCAUCCAGUUAUAAAAGAGAUGUUUACAAAGGCACUGGAUAUGAUGAAUCGUGCAGUGUCUGGUCAUUUCCAGCCAGGUGUAAAGGAGAAUAUGGCGUACUUCACCCACACUGAACGUAGGAAUAUAGGAGAUCCUAAUACAUCAAGAUCUAAUUCACCGUCUGUUGGUGGACCACAAGAGCCAAGUCUAAAAAGUACAUCAUCAACUUAUCCUGGCAGUUUCAGAGAGCUUGUGGAGAGAAAGGCUGAAGAAAACAAUCUGGUGUUUUUACCUAUACCAGGAAAGACUCAUGAAGCCAAACAGAUUUACCGUUGUGGGAAAGUCACCAUGUAUUUUGAUAGGAACGUUAUUUUUAUGCUUGAUGACAACAAUAUGUUUAUACCAGUUGCUUUACCUAAGUUGUUAGAAGCUGCAAAACAUAAAUAAUUUAUAUACAACACGGAGAUUGACAGUGUGCUAGCAAUUCUUGUAGAAUUUUUGAAAUAUUGAGAAAAAUGAUACAAGUGGAACAAACAAUACAGGAUAAGUUUUAAGGUUUAUUUAAUGGUGAUAACCAACAUUUUGACCCUCACAAGUCGUCAUCAGGGUUAUAUUCAUUUGUAAAAUAAAACAUUGUUUGAAAUGAUUUGAUUAUGAAUAAAAUCACAAUAUAUUAGAA